UCCACAGACCAGCACUACUUUUACGUUAUAGGAAGAGAGAAAAAGAAUGAGGAUUUUGACUCUAGUUUUGUUCACCUUGGCAUCUGCUAUAGGUGCCUUGGCUGAUAUCACUUCACUCAUCAGCCGAGGCCUCUUCAAUGAGAUGCUCAAGCAUAGCAACGAUUCCGCCUGCCCUGCCAAGGGGUUCUACAGCUAUGAAGCUUUCAUUGCCGCUGCAGCCAACUCUUUUGGCGCUUUUGGUACCACCGGUGACAUUGACACUAGGAAAAGAGAGAUUGCCGCCUUCUUAGCUCAAACUUCUCACGAAACUUCAGGUGGGCCGGCUAAUGCCUCAGAUGGUCCAUACGCAUGGGGCUAUUGCUACCUUCAAGAGCAAGGUAACCCUGCAGAUUAUUGUGCUCCAAGUCAACAAUGGCCUUGUGCUCCCGGCAAAAAGUAUUACGGCCGAGGUCCCUUCCAGAUCUCAUACAAUUACAAUUACGGUCCAGCUGGAAUGCAUAUUAACCAAGACUUGCUAAAUGACCCCGAUGCUGUAACAAGGGACCCUCUCAUUGCUUUCCAGACAGCUCUUUGGUUCUGGAUGACUCCGCGGUCCCCCAACCCUUCAUGUCACGAUGUAAUCACCGGAAAAUGGCGCCCAUCCGCCACAGACACGUCAGAUGGUCGAGUCCCCGGCUACGGGGCCAUUACCAACCUCAUCAACGGUGCCAUUGAAUGUGGCGAAUUAGGUUCAAAAGCACAGGUUGCGGACCGUAUCGGGUUCUAUAAGAGAUACUGUGAUUUGCUGCAAGUUGAUUAUGGCAAUAAUCUUGACUGUUACAACCAAAAGCCUUUCGCUUCUGCUCUGCCGGAUGUACCUUUAGUGUGCAGAUUGUACAUUUUAACAGAACAAUAAUCCCAUUAAAAAAAAAAAACCAAUAAAAGGUAGACUGAAUUUUUUUCCUUUUAUAUUAGAUUCUUGGUAUCUGUUAAUUAUAUUAGAUUUUAAAUAAUUUUGAAUCGAAUCACGUUGGAUUCCACUAGAGUAAAGGUGUAAAUAAAGAUUCUAACGUUGU